AUGGCAAAACUCUUCGUUGGCGGCCUAGCAUGGCACACUACCGAUGAAACUUUGCGCCAAGGCUUUGAAAGUUAUGGAACUGUCGAAGAAGCUAUCGUCAUCAAGGAUCGAGACACCAACCGUAGUCGUGGAUUCGGCUUUGUGCGGUUCGCUAGUGAUCAAGAUGCCGAUGCUGCAAUUGCAGCCAUGAACAACCAGGAGUUUGAUGGACGUGUCAUUCGAGUUGACAAGGCGUCGAACAACGCUUCAUCCCGCAAUGACGGUGGCUUCCAUGGUCGCGGUGGAUACAAUCGCUAUGACAAUGCUGGUGGCCGUGGCGGUUAUGGCGGUGGUGGUGGUGGCGGUUACGGCGGCGGCCAAGGAGGCUGGGGCGGCAACAAUCAGUACUCGUACAACCAAGGUGGCCAAGGACCGGUUUAG